AACAUUCCACAUCUCACACUAUCCCUAAACCCACAAAAACCCCUCUCUCUCUCCUAAACCCACAAAAACCCCUCUCUCUCUCUCUCUCUCUCUCUCUCUCUCUCUCUCUCAAAUUGUGAAGCAAAAUGGCCAACAAAGAGAUGGAAGUGGUGAAGGGUCUGGACCUAAACAGGUACAUGGGCCGCUGGUACGAAAUUGCCUCAUUCCCGUCAAGGAACCAGCCCAAGAACGGGACCGACACUAGGGCUACCUACACUUUAAGGGACGAUGGAACUGUGCAUGUCCUAAACGAGACUUGGACUGAUGGGAAGAGAGGGUCUAUAGAAGGGACAGCCUAUAAGGCCGAUCCUUCUAAUGACGAGGCCAAGCUCAAGGUCAAAUUCUAUGUUCCCCCUUUCUUGCCUAUAAUCCCCGUUGUUGGGGAUUACUGGGUUUUGUAUCUUGAUGGGGAUUAUCAGUAUGCUUUGAUUGGCCAGCCCUCCAAGAAGUAUCUUUGGAUACUAUGCAGAGAGAACCAUCUAGAUGAAGAGAUAUACAAUCAGCUAGUCCAGAAAGCCAAAGAGGAGGGUUAUGAUGUGAGCAAGCUUCACAAGACAGAGCACACUAAUCCCCCACCAGAGGGAGAAGAAGGCCCCAAGGACACCAAGGGCAUUUGGUGGAUUAAGUCCAUUUUAGGGAAGUAGGUAUUAUUGCAAAAUAGUAGAUAAAUAAACAAUGUUGUUCGAAGCAUAGAAAUAAAGGGGCUUAAAACCCUUGAGUAGAUUGUAUUUGAAAUUUUGAAUGCCCUUAUCCCACUCAACAAUAAUUGUGAGAGUUAUAUAGUUUUUCAAUACAAGUUUUAUGGUGUAGAAAA